CGCCUACAUAUAGAAGUGGAGGAAGAAGAGGACUUCUAGCUGUUCGCUGUCAACGUUCUCAACGCGCGUGCUGGAAAAAGAACGUUCCCUGGUUGCUGAAGCCUUGUCUUUCUGGGGGAGUGUCGAGAGCCUACAAGGAUUUCCGUGCCGGACAUGACUCUGACGAAGGUGUUCCACGUCGUCAGGCGUCGGCUGUGGCUGCAGUCGGUGAAGCGCCACUACAUUGCGCUGGCACUCGAGCUGGUCAGCUUGCUGGUGCUGUCUUGGUUCUUAGUUCCCUUAGACGCGCCUGAAGUGGCCCCACAGAAGCUGUCGGCGCGACCGGAUCCGGUAUUCCACGACGCCUUCCAUAUAAACGAGGAGUAUGCCUACCCGUCGGUGGUGGUGUACGCGCCGAAGAAUCCGCGGACUGACCAGCUCAUUCUGAAAGCCUUCAACGGCAGCGUAAAGCCCGUACAGCGGAUGGCCUUGGCGAAGCGGUCCGAAGUGGCAUCCCAGUGCCGUUUGCAGUGGGCGGACAAGGGCAGCAGCGGCAACGUUAUCUGCGUUGCGUUCUCCGACCUGUUCGGUGCCGCCGAUGGUGACAACCUGGAGUACGAGUUGCUGCACCGGACGCGACAAGUAGUUCCCGACCAGCUUCCGAUAACCGGUCCGAAAGGCUUCAAGCUGGAAGGAACCACCGGCUCUCUCAAGGACCAGUUCGGGUUCCUUUUGACGGAGCAAGAGAUCAUCGAUAUGCAGUAUCUUUCUGAUAAGAUUUCCAUUAAGGACAUAAGCGUGUCGCUCCGUGGUAUGCCCGAUGCGCCGCCCGUCAUGGACCAAGAGCAGUUUCGAACAUACUUUGCCUUAAUCACGCGCGUGAUUUUCUGCAUCCCUCUGCUGCGCCGAAUAGCUGCCAUAACAGCUGAACUGACUACGGGAAUGAAGGACCAGCAGCGAAUCAACGGUUUACCAGUGCCGGCAUUCUGGCUGGGCCACUUCCUCUCGGCUUUUGCAAUCCAGAUGGUCGACAGCGCCAUUAUCGUCUGCAUCAUGUUUUUCAAGCGCUUCUACCGACAUGUUGGCGCCAGUUUGGCCAGUUUGGUCCUGUUCGUCAUGAUUGUGUUCAAUACGGGGCACGUACUGUUGGCCAUGGUGAUUGCGACGGUAUGUAAAAAGGGGAGCAGAGCCGUGUCUGGUGGCCUAUUCUUUGGAUUCUGCAUUCCAAUGUUCGGAAUGUCCGAUUCUGAGGCAUCCCUGAGCGGCCUUUUGUUUACAGCACGCUGGAAGAAGCUCGUGCGUGCCAUAUCGCCACAAUUAGGACUCACUACAUUGCUGAGAACUCUUGCAAUCUUUGACGACUACAAGGGUGGAGCCGGCUGGGGAAUAAUCUUCAAACGCGCCCUGGACUUGGACAGCGUCACUGUGUUCGAAAUGCUAGUCGUCAUGAUUGUUACCUGCCUUGUGGAAUUAUUUCUGCUGUUUUACUUCAGCAAUGUGCUGCCUUGGGCCACGGAUUACCCGAUGUCGCCCCUCUUCUGCCUCAUGCCCGGCUACUGGCUUCCCGCUAAUGUAGUAGCCGUCACCGAGGUUAUUCAGGAGGAGAAUCGAGACCCGGAACGCUUCGAGGUGGCGCCGGAUAUAGCUGCUCUUGUGGACAUCCGUGGCGUGUCAAUGAAGUUCGGCUUAUUCACCGCACUUGACAACGUUAGUUUCAAGAUCUACUCAGAUCAAGUGACCGCGCUGCUUGGCCACAAUGGUGCUGGCAAGACAACGCUCAUGAGUUGCAUCACAGGACUGCUCAAGCCUUCGUGCGGUACCAUCAAAUUUGGCGGUGGCGAAAGUGCAGGCGCCGCUAAAGAUACCGGCUUCUGCCAGCAGUUCGAUGUGUUUUUUCCCGACAUGACUGUGUUGGAGCACCUCGUAUACUUUGGUCAGAUGCAGGGCCGGUGGGGUGACGAGCUGAGGAAGGACAUUGGCGAGAUUCUGAAGGCAGUCGUGCUCACCGACAAGAUGUACUCGUUCCCCGCGCAGCUGUCCGGCGGAAUGAAGAGGCGACUCAGCUUGUCCAUCGCACUUGUCGCUAAGCCCAAGCUGCUGAUCCUGGACGAGCCGACGACCGGCAUGGACCCCGAAACGCGACGAAGCGUUUGGGACUUGUUGAGCAUGCUUCGCAAGGAUACCACCAUCUUGCUUUCGACACACGACAUGGAAGAGGCUGAAGUGCUUGCAGACCGGAUCGUCAUGCUGAGCUCCGGAAAACUCGUGUGUGACGGCACACCAGCAUUCCUCAAGAAGUCCUGCGGUGUGGGCUACACAAUCUGCCUGAACACGGAGCCCGCCAAAUUCGAUCUCGAGAAGACGUUGGCUAUCGUCCGAGAGACGGUGCCAAACGCCAUCGCACAGGACUCUAAGCAAGGCAGUACGACGAUCACACUGCAGACCACCGAGCACAAGGGCUUCGCAAAGAUGUUCGACCAGCUGGAGAAAAAUGCCGAGCGCCUGGGAAUUGCGAGUUUCGGCGUCACCAUCGCCACGAUGGCGGAUGCAUAUGUCAAAAUUGCCACGGAUUGGGUUCCGAAUGAAGGCGGCGAUGAGCAACACGAGAACACAGCACCUGUAGAAAGCGCGCCACAGGCACCUCUGAUCGUCCACACGAACAACGCUGGCAGCUUGCAGCGGCUACGAGCGCUGCUUUCGAAGCGGCUGCUCUACUGGUACCGCUCGCCAAUGACCAUCGUGCUUGGCUGGAUACUCCCGGUGGUGCUUUUCGUCCUCGCCGCGAAGACCGUCUUUCAAAACCAGACCCGCCUCAUUCCAAAGCGGUCUGGCGCAAAAGCGAACGCACCCGAUAUGCUCGAGCUGCGCAGCAACGUCCACUUUGGCUCCGCCCGCGGCUUUGUGGAAGAGGCGCCCGCGACCAACUUCUCCAAAUACUUCGAGGCAUUGGCCCGAAGCGAGGGCGCCACCAUCGAAAAGAUAAAGAACGCCAAGCGGGACCUAGUGCAAAUGGCACGAAAAGACUUUUUGGACUACUACCGUCACUACGCCUAUGGGAUCACCUACAACGCCAACACGAUCGAGGGCUGGUACAACCCGGCGAGUCCCGUCUCCGCAAACGUGCUCUGGAACCUGAUUACCACGGCGCUACUGCGCGCCCAAUUGCGCUCUCCCAAGGCCCGUGUGACCACUAGUGCGUCCUUUUACAGCACGGACGAUCCGGAGCAGGGUUCCAAGGACGUUUCAAAAGCGAUAGCAGCAGCUGUACUUUUCUGGAACUUCGCUCCGCAAGCCAUCCUAGGUCUGACCGUGUCGACGAUGGUCAUCUUCCCCGUCCUUGAGAAGAGAAGCGGCGCGCUCGAGCUCCAGCUCAUGACGGGCAUCUCGGGCUCGCUGUACACGGCCGCGCACUUCGUGUUCGACUUCCUCGUGCAGUACCUGCCGCCGUUCGGUGUCGCUUUCACCGUGUACUUAUUCGGCUUCGAGAAAGAGCUACAUUUCACCGGUGUCGCGCCCGUGACCACGCUACUGUUUGCCCUCUCGGCGCACUACACGUCGUCACUCCGGAUGUCUCGCAUGUUAUGCGUGCUUGUGUCUCCACCGUUCGCUCUCGGUCAGGCCGCCACGAAGGCCAUCACACGGGGAAAGAUUGCGCACAUUUGCGCCCAGGCGAGGGCGCUCGACGUGCACCGUGCAGUGGGCACCCACGGCUUCGAGGCUCAUUACUGGCCAUUCGUCGAGGCUGUGACCGCGGAAAAAACGCAUCCAUGCGGCGUAAGCUUUUUCUCGCUAUCCGGGAACAGCCCGUUGGUGGAGAUCCUGAUCAUGGCGUGCGAGGGCCUGCUGAUCUUCGUCCUCCUAAGCUUUCUGCACUCUGGACACUACGCGGAUAUGCGCUCCAUCUUUUGCCCAGAACGACGCUUCGCACAAGGCUCGUCGGAGGAGAUCACGGACGAAGACGUGAAGGCGGAGAAGGAGCUCGCCGAGCGGCUGGCGGCGAACGGCGCGUCCGCCGAGUGGGAGCAGCAGGGCUGCAUACUCGUGGCGCACGACCUGCGCAAGUCGUACGGUUCCUUCCAGGCCGUCAAGGGCAUCAGUCUGGCUCUUCGACGUGGCGAGUGCUUCGGGCUCCUCGGCGUGAACGGCGCGGGAAAGAGCACGACUUUCCAGAUGCUCGCGGGUCUCCUCGAGCUCAGCUCGGGCGAAGCCUACAUGUCCGACGUCAAGCUCUCGGUUUCCCGCAGGCGGUGGCAGUCUUUCAUCGGCUACUGCCCUCAGACCAACGGCCUGCUGGAGAAGCUGAACGCGUUCGAACAACUGCGCCUCUUCGCUCGCCUCCGGGGCAUCCCCGAACCCCAGAUAGAAGCAGCGGUACAGGCGGUAAUCACGCUCGUCGACGUGGAGAAGCAUGCAUCAAAGUGGUGCGGGACUUACAGUGGGGGCAACAAGCGGAAGUUGUCGAUCGCUGUGGCCAUCUUGGGAAAUCCCAGGGUGGUCUUCCUGGACGAACCCUUCGCUGGCAUAGACGUCGUGUCCCGGACCAAGAUCACCGGCAGACUUGCAGCGUUGCGCACGGAGGGUAAUCGAGCCAUGGUAUUCACGUCUCACGGCAUGGAAGAGUGCGAGACGGCGUGUGACCGAAUGUGCAUCAUGGUGGCAGGCCAGAUGACCUGCCUUGGCACCCUGCCGCAUCUGCGGGAUAAAUUCGGCACCGGCUACACAAUGCAGCUGGUCAUGGCGCGCACCGAGCCGCCUGCAAAAGAAGUAAACCCGGCGGAUCAGCCCACGGAGGGCAAGACCAGCAAGGCGCUCGACCAGGACGUGGCCAAUCUCUUCCCGGGAGUGCGUGUCCUCGGAGACCACGAUAACGUUCACGCCUACCACAUCCAAGAGAAGCUUCCCUGGAGCGCCGUAUUUGAGAAGGUGGAAGAGCUCGAGGAGUCUCACGCUUUCUCCCACGUCAUGGUCCAAGACACCAACUUGGAGCAGAUAUUCAUUGCAUUCGCACAAAAGAAGGAUGCAGCAAGCAGAGCUUGAGCCACUUUGGUAUUUUGGGACAUUAUGUUUUUUUUUAUGUUAUCUGUGAAACCAAACGAACUUUACAAACUCUCCAUAUACGCUGACCCCUCCUUAACGUACAUUAUGUAAUCUUCGUGUCUCUUU